AGGUGAAGCGCACGGUAGUUCUUGAAACAAAAAUCUUCAUCUUGAUGUUGAUCUUCUGAAAAAAAAAACAAUAGUACAAAAUGUCCUCGACCGUUCUCGAGUCCUUUUUCCGUGCGUUGCCCACGCAUUUGGUCUCCGCCACCACCUAUGUCUACUAUUCCUCUAUCGUACGAAAAAAAGUGUUUCACUGCAAAGAUCUUACAAGUUUAGCAUCACAAGUUUGCUCUAGUAGGCAAAUUUUCUCUGUGACGUAGAGUCUACGUCACAGAGAAAAUUUGCCAUGCGAGAUACCUAAGGUAAAACGCAGCUAAAAAUCCACUGUCUUGCGUGUGUAGCAAGAAAAACACUUCUCAGAUACAUAUUCUGCAUUACAAGUUUACAGUGAAGCAGUUUUUUUCUUGCGAUAUCCCCGUGGCUCAUGUUGAUCGUUGGCGUCAUCACCUUCAUUGCCUGCAUGCUGAUCAAAGCCCCCUACGGCCGGUAUGCAGACAGUAAGUGGGGCUAUUUGCAAAACCCGAAACUCGCUUGGUGUUGGCAAGAGUCGCCUUCCUGGUGGGUCCCUCUGUUAUCCCACGAAAAAACUGUCUCACUGUGAUAAUUUUGCUAAAUCUGCAACAUCACAAGUUUGUUACACAUGACGCUGAAAGUCUGUCAUGCGCGCUUCCCAAGGGAAAACACCCUUAAAAAUGCAAUGUGUUGCAGGUGUAGCAAGACAAAUAGUUCUGUGUUCCACUUUCUGCAUCACAAAUUCAUAGUAAAACAGUUUUUUCUUGCGAUAUCUGUUGGUGGUCCUGCACUAUGUCUACACGUUUGAAGGCACGGCGCUGCAGGCGUUUCGGAGGUACGGUGAUUCUAUUUCUCUGCCUUUUAUCUGUCAUGCAGAGUAGACAUGGAAGAAGAUCAGGGCAAUACUGUUCGUAUUUGUGUUGCUGCACGUGCACCAGCCUACUUCUGCUACAGAACUGGAAUAACAACAUAUUUGAACUACAACAGACUCCACCCCUGCAGUAUUUUCCUUCUCCUUUUUUUCGAGGCGCACUACAUUCAGCGCGCCAUUAUCUACCCGCUGUGCCGCAUGAGCCCCAACGCCACCAAAGUGCCCUUGAUCGUGUCUUGCCUCGCUUUUCUCUUUUGCGUGUGGAACGGAUUGCAGCAGUCCAUCGCAUAUGAAUUGCAAAAGUAUAAUGAUAAUCGUGGUACUCGCAGAAAUGCCAGACUGGCAUCACAAAUCUACUCUCUUACCGGAAUCAGCAUGACAAAGUUCAUUUUUCUUUUUGCUUUUGGAAAAAUUUGUAAUGCAAUUUUUACCACUACCGUCACCGUGCUUUUGCUUUGCAAUGCAUAUCGUGCUGCUCUACGUCACGGAGUUUUCCAACGAAUUUCUGUUUAACACGCCAGUGUUUCGGAUCGGGUUCACGAUAGCCACGGUGGGCAUGAUUCUGAACAUCCACGCAGACUCAAUUUUGAUCAACUUGAGAAGGAAAGACGAUAGCAAGAUGAAAACAGAAGAUCAUGGAGGUUCUUCUGCUACGGGAGAAAUUGAAAUGGGUGCUGCGGAAAACAAAACGCCGUUGAAGAAACGAAAUCAAAGUGGAGAACAAAUCAAGGACGCCGCGACCCCGUCGGUAAAAUCGAGUCCAGAAAAGAGCGCAGCUGCGUUUCAACUGAAAACCAGUCCGGAUAAGAAAGACCUGACGACUUCUUCCGGGACGGCCACGACGAGGAUAAAGACCGCGAUGAAAUCUGCCAUUUCGUCCGCGUCGCAGACGAUCCAGAACUUGCGCCGAAGGUCCAGUUCCCAGCAGAGAGUGAUGAAACGCAGUAGAAACCGGUCGAACAAAUCCCCUGGAUCAAGUCAUGGUAGUAACGGGAGGACCGGGGGGACAAAGACCCCAGGUGCCUCUAGUAGCACAACUUCCGCUGCAGUGAAGAAGAGCUACAAGAUCCCGUUCGGCGGCCUCUUUUACUUCGUGUCCGCUGCCAAUCUUGCAGCCGAGAUUUUGGAAUGGUUCGGGUUUGCGAUGGCGAACAAUUUCUCCCUACCGACUGUCGCUUUCGCGUGCUACAUAUGCAUUGCAAAAGUAUCGUACUAGCAUGAAUAGCAUGACAAGUUCCCGCAGCAAUAGUAGAAAUGGAAUUUGUAAUCCUGUUUUACCUUAGGAAGAAUAGAAGAUUUGUCAUGCCUGUUUGCUAUGAAUACGAGUGCGAUGCUUUUGCAGUUCAUACUGCACAUUCGCAAACAUCGGGCCGCGGGGGUACCACCACCACAACUGGUACUUGGAUCAUUUCGGAGAAAAAUACAAGGCGCUGGGAAGGAAGGCCGUGAUUCCGUUUUUGUGGUGAGGGUGAGGAGGAAAAUUUCGUUCUGUGAAAAGGCGGCCCUGAGAUGGUGUUGAUGUGUGGAGGUGGUGUUGUUCUUUCGUGUGCUUUAGCAAAUGAGGUGUGCACUACACACGGACCUGAGGAGCAGAUCAGUAAGAAUGUCCUCAUCUGGCUACUAGUACUAGACUCAUGAUGGAAAUGAAAUUUGCAAGACAGUGAUAAAAAAAGCUAUAGCAGAAUGUAUUUGUGAAGAACGUGCAGCACUUAUUAUAACGCGAGUGAAGCUGAAGGCGCAGUGCCCCCUAGCUAAGGCAAGCAAGUGCGGAAGCAGUUAGCAUGUUCGACAC